UUUAUUUUCUUCAUCUUAAAGUUAUUUCAAUCAAAAGCAAACCAUAAAGAAAAAUGGAUUCACCUCAUAAACCAAAGUCUAUCUCCACAAAUCUAGUCUUCUUCUUCCUUCUCUUGUCUACUAAUCUUUUCACUUUGUUUUUCUCCUCCGCCUUCUACUCCUCCUCCUCUUGCACUCUCAACCCCCUCACCACCGUCACCACCGCCAUUGCUUCCGCCCCCAUCACCACCACCACCACAACAACUGACACCUCUUCAACCCAAGACCUCCCAUCCGAAUUCCUCGCUUUCACCUCCGGCCAACUUCUACCAUUCGGUUUCAACACCAAUUUUGACUCCGACACAAUCUACCCACCGGUCGGCCAGUCAUGCACUCUCUUCCCUGAUGAACUUAAACGCUUCAUGACCUACAAAGUCAACGGAUCAUGUCCAGACGAUGAAAUUCUAGCACAAAAGCUCCUCCUCAAAGGCUGCGAGCCACUCCCUCGCCGCCGUUGCCGCCCAGCCGCACAACCGAGCUCCAACGAACCGUAUCCACUCCCUAAAAGCCUAUGGACUACACCGCCAGAUUCCUCCGUUGUAUGGACAGCUUACACAUGCAAAAACUACGCAUGUCUAAUCAACAGAUACAAAACUCAGAAGGGUUUCGACGACUGCAAAGACUGCUUCGAUCUCAACGGACGAGAGAAAACUCGCUGGUCAGCUAAAAAAACCACCCCAGGAUCACUAGAUUUUACCAUUGAUGAAGUAUUAGCGACGAAAAAACCCGGCACGAUCCGAAUCGGGCUCGACAUCGGCGGAGGAGUAGCAACAUUCGCAGUAAGAAUGAGAGAAAGAAACAUAACAAUCAUAACCACAUCAAUGAAUUUAAACGGUCCGUUCAAUAAUUUCAUUGCAUCACGAGGAGUUAUACCGUUAUACAUAAGUAUAUCUCAAAGACUUCCAUUUUUUGAUAACACAUUAGAUAUAGUUCACUCCAUGCAUGUGUUGAGCAAUUGGAUUCCGACAAAUUUGCUUCAUUUCUUGAUGUUCGAUGUGUAUAGAGUGCUUAGGCCGGGUGGGUUGUUUUGGGUGGAUCAUUUUUUUUGUGUUGGUGAGGAAUUUGAGAAAGUUUAUGAGCCUCUGAUUCUGAGUAUUGGAUUCAAUAAGUUGAAAUGGGUUGUUGGUAGGAAGCUUGAUCGUGGGCCUGAGCUUAGAGAGAUGUACCUCUCUGCUUUGUUGGAGAAGCCAUUGAUCAAUUCUUGGUGAUUUUAUUCUUCUACUCAUUUUCUUAA